UAUUCUCUCCGCAGAGUCUCCUCAUCUGCCGAGAAAAAGCAUGAGGGAAGCGGUCCGAAAAUGUCUACUCGGACUGCUUUCCCUCAGUCGCCGUCAUGAGUGGAGUCAUUUCUGCCUCUUCAUUGGUUAAGUCGAACCCUAACAUGAGGAUCCACGGCAAAAUAGUUGUGGUCGUUGCGUGUUUCGGAGUUUUCCUACUUUUGUACUUUUGGAGAGGCAACGCCGCGGAGGAUGUUGUAGAGGAGGGGGAGGAGAAGGACGGUCUCUCGUUCCCAACUUCUCCUGAGCUGAAACCUGACAUUGCAUUUAAGUUGGCAAAUAAACCUCCUGUUGGAAUCGUCGUCCGCCUGGAGAAGCCUUUCGGAGUGCGGGACCGGAACAUGCUGAUCGGUGGUGGUGGUGGUGGUGCCGGAUCAAAGGCUAAGAGUAAACCAAGGAACUUGGCUCGAACUGUGACCAAGCACACGCAGGCAGAGGAGGUCAUGCACCUGGCUGUGGUGGCUUGUGGGAAUCGUCUGGAUGAGACCCUCACUAUGCUUAAAUCAGCCCUCCUGUUCAGCCUUAAGAGUAUCAGGUUCCACAUAUUCGCUGAAGACUCUUUGGCCCCACAGUUUAAAGAAAGAUUGAACCAGUGGCCUCGCUCUGCCUUAGCCAAGUUCCAGUACAAUAUCUACCCCAUUACCUUCUCUGUUGGGAACGCUGACGAGUGGAAGAAGCUCUUCAAGCCCUGUGCUGCUCAGAGACUCUUCCUACCUGUCAUCCUGAAAGAAGUGGACUCUUUACUUUAUGUCGACACUGAUGUGCUGUUCCUUCGGCCUAUGGACGAUAUCUGGAGACUCCUGAAGUCCUUUAACAGCACCCAGCUGGCAGCAAUGGCCCCAGAACACGAGGUCCCAAAGAUUGGCUGGUACAGCCGCUUUGCACGCCACCCUUUUUAUGGAGUCACAGGGGUGAACUCUGGGGUAAUGCUAAUGAAUCUCACACGGAUCCGCAGAACAAUAUUCAAAAACAGUUUGAUCCCCACUGGUCUUUCAUGGGAGGAUCUUCUACAUCCACUUUAUCAGAAGUACAAAAACCACAUCACCUGGGGAGACCAGGACCUUCUUAACAUUAUCUUCCACUACAAUCCAGAAUGUCUCUUCAUCUUUUCCUGCCAGUGGAACUACAGGCCAGAUCACUGUAUGUAUGGGAGUAACUGUAAAGGGGCUGAAGAGGAGGGUGUGUCUAUCCUUCAUGGCAACCGGGGAGUGUAUCAUGAUGACAAGCAGCCUGCAUUCAAAGUAGUUUAUGAUGCAAUACGAGAGUUUCCAUUUGACGACAACAUGUUCCAGUCACUUUUUUAUCCCAUCCAGACCAAAUUUCUGGACACAGUCAACACCCUUUGUGGCCGGAUUCCUCAAGUCUUCCUCAAGCAGAUAGAAAGGACCAUGAGAAAGGUUUUUGAGGAGAAAGUGGUCCGCCAUGUGAGACCACACAAAUAACUGAUAGGAAAUGUACUCAUUAUUCUCUGACUACAAGGACCAUUUUGCUGUGGUUUGAGUCUCAAACCAGUAUCUUCCGCAUUGCAAUGUUGGUGCUGUGUAGUGUUCGUCAACACAUCCUGGAAUUGUCUGAUGAAUCUCUUAAUCCUCAAGUGAUCUGAAUGGUAAUUAGCAACAGAGUUUCAUAUGGUGCUGGUCAGGUACCGAAAAAUUGUCCUCUGCUUAAAUACCGGUAAUCAAAUCCUUUUUUAUUAUGCUAUGUGAAGGACAUUCCUGGGUGUCAGUCUUUUGCCAAUGGUUUAAAGCCAAAGACACAUUCCUCCACAUCCUGUGCACCAAUGCUACAUGUAGUUGGAUGUAUUCACAAUAUAAACAAAAGAGCGGAAAAUAAAAUACCGUCAGGCAGAAAGAGUAUGAAGCGGCCUCUCAAUAAAGAGCGAAGAUCCCACUUAUAGCAUGAUAUAAACAUCUUCACCCAGAUCCACUGGCUUGCAGUGAAUUUUCCUAUUACCUUCUGCAUUCACACAUUGGCUUAACUCAACUUUUAGGGGAAAUUUUACUGGGGGCUGGUAUGAAAAUGAUGGAUAAAGGCAGGGUAAAAAUUUGUUUGCUUUCACGUAUGCAGCCCCCCUGGACAAUUUAAGGAAUUCUGAGGAGUGCAGUGCAUGUGUUAAACGGGCUUUUUGUAAGUGUUACAGCCAUCGGUGGCUGUCCCUUUUAUUUACAGCUUUGGCUAUUUUCUUAAUAUUUAAUGUAAAAUUGUCAGAAAUCAUAUUGUUUUAAAUGUGGUAUUGAUAAAGUAUCCAAGUAUCCAUAGUUUUGACAAGCCCAUGGUGUACAGUACACAAAAUCAAUGUUUUGACUUUGGAAAGCUUACUACUUGAAAGAGGUGACUCAUUAACCACUGCUCAUAAAUAAGGUUAAAGUUUUGCAUGCAAAUAAUUUGAAAUAUGUGCCUUUGUAAAUACGAAGUGAAGCCCCUUCUGUAUCUGACAGACACUGACAGUAAUCAUUUGUAAUUAUUACUGUGGGUAUUUUUUUUUAUAUAUAUAUAUUUGGGCCUUUAUAAGAUAGAACAGUGGAAUGUGAAAUACUUGGUGAAGAGAGUGGGGAAUUACAUUUGGCAAAUGUUGAGAGACAGGCUGGAACCCAGGAUGGCUUCAUGGACUGUAGGACAGCCUCUGCACGUGGGACACACACUCUAACAACUAGACCAAACUGGCUCCCCUGGAAAGUGGAUUUUUUAAUGUUAUACAUUAACUGUUAUAUUGCACUUUUAGAAUGAUCAAGGGUUGAAUUGUUAUACUUAACAUUUCCAAAUUAGCAAAGCUGUCAGAGAAAACAAAAGUCCUAUCUUUUAAAAAUUGACAGCUAAUUAUGUGCUAUGUCAAAAUGAUCCUCGUUAACGAGAAGAUGAGUGCUACACGUAUCAAUGUUUAAGGAGUUUUCUUAGCUUAUAAUUUGACGCUAGGUCUGCUAUAAACACAUGGGGUUCUUUGUUUUUAGCAGAAUAUCUCUCAAUGUAAUGAUGUUAUGAUUUAUAUAUCUGAUUUAAACGGGAAACUGAAUAUGGCUGUAAAACAUGUUUCCAAAUGUAUCAAUGCAAUGCACUGAGUCUUCCUUAUAUACAUAGGCAAUUUAUUGGGAUUGUAAAAUAAAAAAAAGCAAUACAAAUGGCUUAAAUCCAA